AUGACAGCCAGACCCACCAGAGAUAGGGGAAUGACCCAGAGUCAUGACCCUACAGCUCUGUCAAGGCCGAGUUUUGACUCGAAAGAUGUCGUCAUAGUGUUUGUUCUAGGAGGUCCAGGAGCAGGAAAAGGAACUCAAUGUGCUAAACUUGUCUCCGACUAUGGAUUUGUUCAUCUCUCAGCUGGUGAUCUCUUAAGAGCUGAACAAAAUCGCGAAGGUUCUGAAUUUGGGACCUUGAUACAAAAUUACAUCAAAGAAGGAAAGAUUGUUCCAAUGCCGAUCACUGUGAAAUUGAUGAAGAACGCGAUUAGCAGUGCGAUUGAUUCAGAGAAGAAAUCUAAACUUUUCCUUAUCGAUGGCUUCCCUCGUCAAAUGGAUCAAGCCAUUAAAUUCGAUGCAGACGUUUACGAGUCUUCUUUUGUGCUCUUCUUGACUUGUCCAGAAGAGAAACUCCUGCCUCGUUUGAUUGAGCGAGGCAAAACCAGUGGAAGGGAAGACGAUAACGAAGAGUCUAUUAAAAAACGCUUCCGUACUUUUGUUGAAACAUCUAUGCCAGUCGUUAAUUAUUAUAGAGAAAAGGAAAAGGUUGUGGAGGUCGAUUCAUCUGGAACAGUGGAUCAAAUUUAUGCUGAUAUCUGCGCUGGAAUGAAGGCUCGCUUACCAAAUUUGAAAGCCACUUCCAUAGACGUUUAA